CAGAGUUGAACCCUGUGGUCCGUGCACCGUGUAAUUCUAUUUACUCAUCUAUUUUUUUUCUUUACAACCAACAGACAGAAGAUUGGUUGUUCUCUGAUUAUUUGUUACUACGCUGCGUACGUUCGUCAUUAGUCGGCGUUCAGUACCCCUUUCCCCCUUGUACUGACUGACAUAUACACAAGGUAGCCACGAGGCGUGAGCCGCGCACAUUCGUGCUUCUUCACUAUCGACUGUGAAUCUAGCCUUUUGGCGCCGUCGCCGUAUUCGAGGAGCUCCCGAGGAUGGUUGCGCGUCGGGCCCCCCUCGGUUGGGCCGUCUUCCUUUUGGCUCUGGCCGCAGUAUCGCUCCUACUUGCCGACGCUCAGCCCGCCCAGGAGAGUCCCUCGGCACGCAUGCGAUAUCUUAUUACCCUCAAGAGGCAGGGAAAGCAAGUGGAGCAUCUGAUCCGAGAAUUAAAUGCCCUUACUGAAGAACUGAAGGCCAAAGAGGCGGACAUUCGAGCACAACUACCGCCCGAGUUCAUCGACCCGAUGGCGCCUCUAGAAAAGCGGGCUCGCUCCCCCGAAUGCUACAUAGCCGCGGGCCUCUCGAGAAGUUGCGACUACAAGGACCUUAUCGCAGCUGUGGAAGAGCGCGACUUUUGGAAUUCGGUCAAUUCGCCCGGAAAGAGAAGAAGACGCGGCGCUGACGGAGAAGCCGCUGACGGCAACAGUAGCCUCAACAGAGGCAGGGUAUCGCUGACCAGCCAUCUGGAUGAAGUUCGAAGUACAGAUGCUAAGUUGAAUCGUCUCAACAACAAACUCAAUAGCGCCGGCGUCGCAUUGCAGCCACAGUACUAAAUGACAGUUAAAUCAGCGACAAUGGGGUCGACGAUAACAAUAAUAAUGAUAUCUAUAUAUAUGGUAGGCGCUAAUAAGACAGGCUUACAGGAUUACACAUCCAUUGGAACAAACGGCUAUAGUAACUGGGGGGCGAACGCCGUCAUGGUUACUAUGCGGGCCUGUCCUAUUUCGUCCUAUUUAUUCGGCAGAUGAUCUCCAGCAUGUUUGUAUAUAACAAUGAUUAGUGCUAGUGUUACAUGAUUAUUCUUAAUACUAGAAAAACAACAAUUGCAAACGGAAAAAGCGGACAACAAGGAUCAGCCACAAUCGAUCCUAUUCUCUUCUGGGAAACCUUCAGCAACAUACAUAAUACGCAACAGCAAUGAUAAUCGUAUGAUGAAAGGAAGUAAAAGCAUAUAGACCUACAUUUUCCAAAAAGGAAAAUGACUAACUAAAGGAAUAGUCUUAGUUUGCCAUGCGCCAAAAUAUGUCGACGAUAUAAAGCCGUGUGAAAAUACAUGGUGAUAAUACAUCACAUAACAGUAUAUAAAUGAUAUAUAAUAAAAUCAUAUUUACGCAUAUGUACGUGUAGACGACCAACGGACACGAACCAUAACUUGAACAUAAAAGGAGACGAAAAUGGCAAAGCGGCGCCUAAAGAAGAAGGAAAAAACAAAAAAAAAUCGCAACGGGAACGAUCAAAUGAAAACCACAUCAGCAAACGAAGCUCGAUUAUAUGUAGUAUCAUCAAUGGCAACAGGACAGAGACAUACGAGCCAGAGUAGGCAUACGACCGAGGAAACUAGACUCCGGAAAGAAACAAUAUUCUACGUUGGAAACCGGUGCUUACUCCUUAUGCUUUGGCCUUGGGGAAAAGUAAGAUUAAUUCCAGUCCAAAUAAUUAGCAGUAAUUGCAGUAUGUCUUGAACUUUUGUUAGCAGCAACCAAAGCACCUAUGCUAAGUAUUGGUUCAUCAAUUUUUCUCACACCUAUCCACUUAUCACCUCUGACGCCCUGACGGAUUACAUUGUGUUACACAUUUAAGGCCCAUCGGAGCACGCAGGUCGGGUUGGCGAAGAAGAACCGCGUACAGAUGGGGCGUAGUCCGAUAUUAAAAACGAAAACGCUUUACAAAUUACACAUUUAGAAAAGAUCGGCUCGAACAAUGAUAACUCUUUGUCGACGUCACCAAUAAGACUAACCGUGGAUGAACUGUCAAAGAUUAUAACACAUUUUAACUAUAUAGAUAUAGGUAUGAAUUAUACUAACAACUAUCCAGGCUAUCUCUCAAGAAUGAAGAAUGACGACAAAUUAGAGAUAGACUCAAAGAAGAAAAAUGAAUGAUCUGGACUGCCUCCCGAAUGCUGCGCGAGCCCCGCCCGCUGUGAAUUCCAUCAGUGCUUAGUGAUGGACUUUACAGAAAAUGUCCUGGUCAGAGGAAUCAACAUCAAGCGCAUGGACAGAAUUCUCUGUCUUUGUCAGCUAAAACGCACACGACUACAACAGGCAGUCAAAUGGACAGACCUUGCGAAAGGAAAAUGGGACAUCUUUUGACCGUUUCAGUAAAAAGUAGAACUUAAAGCCGUGCGAGAGUGGCAAACGAACGGUAAAAUUGAAGGCAGAAGGCUGCAAAUGGAUCUGCAUUGUGGACCUGUUUACUCUGGUUUAUGUGAUAGGGUUUUACGAGCCAGACAACGAAAAUGGAUAUCGGCUAAUCAUAGAACUCCGAUGGUAAUGGAUACCCAAACGGGAAGCAACAUCAUUAGAGCGCCCAACGAAUUGGCCGUAAGGUUGUCUCGUUGAGUCUUCGCGCGAAAUUUCCGUCGCUAUCCUUAAGCAUAACUAAAUAAAAAUAUCAUCAUGAAUUUUGGUAGAUCCAAUUUUCUUUUCA